AUGGCUUCCGCAAUUAAGAGCGCGCUGCCUUCCCACCUGUCACCCCUUGCUGGUGCUGGCAAUGGCGGCAAGGAUUCCGGCAACGAGCAGGAGUUCACCUCGCGCCACCACGGCAAGACGAGGUCGCACAUGCCUUUUCCCUCUUCUGCGAGUUACCGUUUGAUUCGCGAGAUUGCGUGCGUGUACAUUUGUGCGUUGUCUCGUGGCCAGCCGCGUGGCCAGCCGCAAAAAGCUCACCAGGGCCCAGUCGAUUCUUCUGCUUUCGAGAACACUUCGACCAAUGUCGCCGCUGCCCAGAUGCGCAAUGCGCUCACCCAGCUUGCUGAGUCCGUGGAGGACCCUGAGCAGAAGAAGCUGUUUGACACGGAGAUGGACAACUUCUUCGCCCUCUUCCGUCGCUACCUGAACGACAAGGCCAAGGGCAACGCUGUCGACUGGGACCGCAUCGCCCCUCCCGCCCAGGGCCAGGUUGUCGAUUACGAAGAUCUCGCCAAUACGGAGGCCGUCCAGUUCCUCGACAAGCUGGCCGUCCUCAAGCUCAACGGUGGUCUCGGUACCUCGAUGGGCUGUGUCGGUCCCAAGUCGGUCAUUGAGGUUCGCGACGGCAUGUCCUUCCUCGACCUUUCCGUCCGUCAGAUCGAGUACCUGAACCGCACGUACAACGUCAAUGUGCCCUUUAUUCUGAUGAACUCGUUCAACACCAACGAUGAUACCGCCGCUAUUAUCAAGAAGUACGAAGGUCACAACGUUGACAUCCUCACCUUCAACCAGUCCCGUUACCCCCGUAUCUUGAAGGACUCCCUCCUGCCCGUCCCCAAGAAGUUCGAGUCUUCCAUCUCCGAAUGGUACCUCCGGGCCACGGUGAUGGCUUCGAGUCCCUCUACAACUCUGGCAUCCUCGACAGCUCAUGAGCGCGGUAUCGAGAUGUCUCUCUCUAAUGUCGACAACUGGCGCGUCGUGACCUCCAACGACGAGCUUGAGAUGGGAGAUCAUCCCCAACGGAAAGACCAUUCCCUGGUGAUAAGAAGGGCGAGUCGGGACAUCUCCAUCAUCCAGCUCGAGACAGCUGUGGGCGCUGCUAUUCGCCACUUCAACAACGCGCACGGCGUCAAUGUGCCCCGCAGGCGCUUCCUGCCCGUCAAGACGUGCUCUGACCUGAUGCUCGUCAAGUCUGAUCUUUACACCGUCAAGCACGGCCAGCUCCAAAUGAGCUCGUCCCGUUUUGGCGACGCUCCCCUCAUCAAGCUGGGCAGCGACUUCAAGAAGGUCUCUGACUUCCAGAAGCAUAUUCCUUCAAUCCCUAAGAUCAUCGAGCUCGACCAUCUGACCAUCACUGGUGGCGUAAAUCUCGGUCGUGGAGUGACUCUGAAGGGCACCGUCAUUAUUGUGGCGACCGAGGGCAGCACCAUUGACAUCCCUCCCGGAUCUAUCCUCGAGAACGUGGUUGUCCAGGGAAGCUUGCGUCUGCUGGAGCACUAGAAUGUUUGUUUUCACCUCUGAGUUUGCUUUUCGAUUGGGGAUACUUACGCAAGUCGGACUUCUGGCUUGGGUUGCUACUCUUGUGGACAGCUGAUAGGUUCCCGUGUGGGUUCCCACGCGCAUCCGUUUGUGGAGAGCUUGGUCACCAUGAUGCAGACAUUACUUGGCAUUUAAUAGGCAAAACGCAGCGUCAUUUGAAACUUCACAUGUGGACUGAUUGCAUCUAAUGACAAGUUGACGUUUCUUUG